AUGGCCACUUCAGAGGCUAUGGAAGAUGUGCAGAGGAGCACCCAAAUUCCCUCGGUGGAUAUUGAGAGCGUCAGACACAAGAAGUUUAGAGCCGAAGAUUUACCACUAUCUUCAGCCCAGCACACGGCAAUUGACAAACUCCUACAUUCAUUUAAGAAAAAGGGCGGAUUCGACAAUAUUCGAAAACUGAUUUGGGCCGAGUUUAAUAAUGGGGAGCCUAAGACCAAAUUCACUGAGCAGUUACUCGCAUUAGCGGAAUCGGAGAUUGAACGUGAACCUGCACACCUUUCUCGAGAAAGAGGAAAAGCAGCCACAUUGAUCGAGGGCGCGGUGGACCGUGGUGAUGUAUACAAAAAUGUCGAGGAAUCCAUUUACGAACUCGCAUCUAAACAUCUGGGAACGAUUCUCGAUUCAGUCCGCACCAUUCGCCGCUUAGAGGUCGGUGAUGAGGCUGCGGCCAAAGAAGAGGCAUCCGGUAGCAAGACUAACGAAGAAUACGAGGCUCACGUCAAAGUCAAGCGAGAAGAACGUGAGGUUGUUUGGAGGGAGGAAAUGCGCAAAGAGCAGGAAAUUGAGGAGGAACGACGACGGGUAAAGGCCGAGGAGCAACGCAAAAAACGCGAAGAAGAGCACAAAAAGGAAGAGGAGAAGAGGAUACGAAGGAAAGAAAUUGACGAUCAACGACGAGCCGAGCGUGAACGCAUGCGAGAGGAGCAACGUGCCCUCGACGAGAAGCGAGAGCGGGAGCGAGAACGUGAGCGCGAGGAGCGAUACGAACGACGCAAACGCGAAGAUAGAGAACGUUUCCGUGAUCGCGAUCGCGAUCGCGACCGUAGUCGCACCAGGGAUCGAGAGCGUGAUCGAUACCGUACUUGCUCCCCAGCCCAUCGCUCUGACCGCGGCUUGUCUCCGCGUGGUCGAGAUACCAAGCGUGAAAAGUCUACUUUGUCCAAAGAUCCAACUCCUGCCCUAGCUCUUGAUGAAAAGUCGCUCGAAGAGGCAGCUUUACAAUUACUCCUCAAAGAAGGUCAAGAGCUUGCCGCUAAGGCGCGCCAAAAGCCUGAAUUUGAUUUUGAGGCAGCCGAGGCGAUUGAGAAUGGACUAAAACCACCAACAACAGAAAAUACUAGGGCUUCCGCCCAGUCAAAGCACUCCAGACUUUCAAUUAGACCUGGAAGCCCAUCUCGAGUCGCUCUCGUCGACGACACACAUCGCGGUAUGAUCCAGAUCGCCGUCGCGAUCGAUCCCGGGAUGCCUCUGUGCGAUCCCGAGACCGCGCUAUUGAUGAUCGCCGUGGCUAUCACGACUUUCGAGAUCAUGGCAUCCGAGAUGCGCAAAGCUAUCGACCAGGUCGCCGCAGCCGCAGUCGCAGCCGAAGUCGAUCAGUUCUUCGCCCAAGGGACAAAGACAGAGAACGCAGCGCCGACCGGGACAGGGAUAAGGACAGGAACAGGGUCAGAUCUCGCGAUAGAGACUCUGACCGGCGUCGUCAUGAUCGCAGUCGAGAUAGGAGUCGAGUUAGAGAUCGUGAUCGUGACCAUGACAGUGACCGCAUCCGUCGCAUACGAUCCUCCCGCUCUCGUUCUCGGUCAAAAGCUGGCAGGCGAAGGUCAAGAUCUCGUCGACCGUCUCGAACCCGGAAACCUUCCCCCGGCUCUCUUGAUAUCGACCGAUAUGUUCCUGCUACCAGUCACCGUAGCAAGUCACCCCGACGUCGAGUCCGGUCACCAGAACGUGAUGAGAAACCUCGUUUCAAGACGGACGACCUUCGAGCUCGUCCUCCGAGUCAUGCCCGACGAAGAAGUCGCAGCCGAAGAAGAAGUCCUAGUCGCAGAAGAAGUCCUAGUCGCAGAAGAAGCCCUAGUCGCAGGAGAAGCCCUAGUCGCAGGAGAAGCCCUAGUCGCAGGAGAAGCCCUAGUCGCAGGAGAAGCCCUAGUCGCAGAAGAAGCCCCAGUCGCAGGAGAAGCCCCAGUCGCAGAAGAAGUCGCAGUCGAAGAAGAAGUCCUAGUCGCAGACGAAGUCCACGCCGACGAAGGAGUCGAAGCCGUUGAAAAGUCACGAUAA